AGGAAGGAUGUCGUGCACGCGCACACGCUAGAGAUCUCCACGGCACGCGCAGGUCAGAGCAGAUGCAGCUCGCGCCCGCGGAGGAACAUCGCGCAAAUUCUGAAUUAAAGUGAAUUAAAACGUCCUCGGUACAAGACUGGAGUUAUUCGAGUUAAGAGUUAGAGUCAAGCGUCUCAAAUGGAGACAGAAGCCAUGGAUGUCCAACAGCAGGACGGAGGACAGGGCAGCGUUCAGGACAGGGUUGUGCCCCAGGAGAGUCAUGUCCACACGACACAACCACAGGCCACCCGCAAACCUGACGUCACAGGUCCUGUCACAGUUGAGAUUGUUGACAGCGGAAGCAACGAGUCGCUGACUGAUGGUGUCACAACCAAUGACGACGCUUUACUGCUUCCUGACCACAUACCUACGAUUUCACGCAAAAUAGAGAAAGGCAAUGUGAAGCCCAGUCUUCCCAAUGGCUCCUCUACUGUCAUUCAUACACCGCCGGCUUCUUCAUCAGGAGGAUCGACGCCUCGCCCGACAACACAACAGAAAUGCAACGGACACGCAAAGUGCAACGGACACAAACACCCUCACAGAAAACACACGCCCUCCACCUCCAAGAGCCAGCACAGCUUCAAAGGUGAUGCUUCACAGAUACAGAGAGUAGCUGGAGACGACUGCUGUGCACACUGCAUCCUAGCGUGUCUGUUCUGCGAGGUGCUGUCGUGGUGCUCGGCCGUGGCUCAGUGUUUGGCCUGCGGUCUGGAGUGUGACGCUCUCUGCUGCUGUGGGGAAGCAGCCACCGGUGGUCUGGCCUGCUGUGCUGAGGACACCUGCUCUGCCCUGCUGGAUUGUGGGAUACUGGAGGACUGUUGCCAGUCUUCAGACUGUCUGGAGAUCUGUUUGGAAUGCUGCUCCAUCUGUUUCCCGACCUAAACGGGAUUCUCUACAGAAUGAUAUCAAGUGCUCAAAGGACUGUAAGCGUUGGAUAUACUGUACUGUUAUCCCGCCAUUUGUAUUUAUUCAGUAUGAAGAAUGAAUGUGCUACAUCGAUCAAAGUUGGACUAUUCUGUAUGAGGCUACUCUCUGAGGCCUUAAACCUGAAGUGUGUUAUUUGAUAUUCAUUCAGUAACUGUUUAUCACUAUUGAAAUUCUGUUAGGUGACACAGAAAUGACACACUUCAUCUUUAGUUCUCUGCACUUGCAUUAACAUUACUAUUCAAAAGUUUGGAGUUGGUAAGACUGUGCUGCAAAAGAUGAUUUUUGUCUAAUUUUUCAGUACAAAUAUCUAAACCUUGGUAAAUCAAGGUGCUUGAGGUACUUAAGAUAUUAGGUCUUGUUUUCUAGGGACAAAAAUCUAAAUUGAGUGAGUUUAUGCAUAAAACAAGAAAAAAUAUAUUUUAGUAGGGUAAGAAAAAUAAUCUUAUUUUCCCUUUAAAUUACAUUUAUUUGUUUUAGGCAUAAACUCAUUUAAUUUUGCUGAUUUAUUUCAGACAACAAGACUUGAUAUCUUAGGUUGCUUCUCAAGUAAAAUAUUAUGAUACAAGAAUUGUCAGAAUUUCUAAUUAUUGUAAUUAAAAACAACAUAAUUAUUAGUAAGAAAAUCAUUUACCUGAAAAGUGUUUCACGUUUUUGACAAUAAGGCUGUGUUUAUUUGGUUAAAAAAAUAAAAACUGUAAUAUUGUGAAAUGUCAUUACAGUUUAAAUUAACUGUUUUCUAUUUUAAUACAUUUUAAAAAUGGAUUUAUUCCUGUGAAUUUUCAGCAUCAUUACUCCAGUCUUCAGUGUCAAAUGAUGAUCCUUCAGAAAUCAUUCUAAUACGUAAAUUUGCUGCUCAAAAGUAGAAUUUAAGUGGAAUAAUUCUUUUUGCACUUGUGAGAGAUCAAGUUUUAAAGUUAUCCUCCUGAAAGCUUAAAGAUGUGUCAGACUCUUCCACAUUCUCUUCUUCAUUAAUAAUGAAGCAAAUUUGUGCAUGCUUGAAAUGCCUGCAUUAAACAUUUUCAUCAACUGUGA